GGCUUUGCUAUAUGUGCUGUACUGUAUUUGAUAUGUCAUGAAAAAGGAUGUUGAUGUAACUUGUUAUCUUUACAUCAUUCAAUGGGGAUUACUGAAAAAUAAUUUCCUUCUGUAUCUAGUUGUGGUAAGAUCUCAACUGCAUAAGCCCUACUAUAUAUUUGUUAGCUCAGCCACUACAUCUGAUGUGGCAAGUAGAUGUAGCUGUACAGUUGCUAUCCAAGAAAACUGUGUAGUUCAGUUAGGCAUUAUGGUUGCGUUGUUAACCUGAAACAAAACAAAGAUGGGAGAAACAUUCAAACAUUUUCAAUGUACUUACCCGAAUUAUACUGAAAGGUGUUUGCUGACCCUCUCUGAUGUCACUUUAAAUUACAAAAGCCGUUGCCGCUAUGAAUUGUGGGAACAUGAGGGGACGUUCAAACUGGAGUUGUAAUGGCGACGAAUAUCGAGCAAAUUUUCCGGGAUUUUGUCAUGAAUAAAAUAAAAGAAAUAGAGGAUGAAGGUCACGAUGACAGUGUAACAGGUGAAGAGCAUUCCAAAGGUGUAGAGAGUCUCUCUAGCUGUACUGCAGGUAUGGAGGACACCUGCAGUCUCCCCCGCGCCUGUCCUGUCGACGCUGCCAGCACACAGAUAGGCACUGAGAAGUUCCCUGGCUCCAUAGACGCAAAUAAGGACCCAGCCAGCAGAGAGGCAAGCAGCACCCCACGCAAGAAAAACAAGAAGCACAAGCGGCACAAGAGCAAGAAGAAGAAGAAGAAACGGAAGGAGGAGAAGGGAAGCAGCUCAGACUCGGCAUCAGAGUCAGAUGGAGAGACUCAAACCAACACAAAGAAGAAAAAGAAGAAGAAAAAGAAACGACGGAAAGAGGGAGAGAAAAAGUCCCGCUCACACUCACCCACAGAGAGUACAUCUGCAUCAGGGACUGAGUCUGAAUCAGAAAAGAAAACCUCUGUGGCCGCCUCUGUGAACGUCUCAGAAAAGUCUGGAGGUCAGGAGAAGGGAAGUUUGCAAACACCUCAAGAUCUGCCUGAUAUCAUUCCAAAAGUUGACAGUGCACCUCUGAAGACCACAGAGAACUCCAACGGAGAUGUGAAAGAAAAAUCCAAAGACAAAAAGCAGUCCAAGAAAAGCCGCAGUAGGUCUCCACGAACAAAAUCCUCUCGAAAAGAAAGCUCCAGAAAGUCUCGGUCUCCAUUGAAAAGGAGAUCUAGAUCUAGAAGUAAAAAUGGCCACAAAUCAGGAAGGCACAGGUCUAGGUCUCCAUCUGCCAAACGGUCACAACGUAAGUCCAGGUCCCGAUCUCCUAAACAGCGUAGACGCUCAAGGUCAGUUUCUCGGCAUGGCAUAAGAACAAGGUCCAGGUCACACUCUCCACGACGUAACAGGCGUUCAAGGUCACCGUCCCAUUCGGGUAGGGAAAGGCGACGUUCACGGUCAAGGUCACAAUCACGACAUAGAUCUCGAUCAGCGGGGCGGACCAGACGGACUCGAUCGAGGUCCGUCGUCAUAUUAAAAAGCGAUAAGUCACGGAAUCACAAGAGUCAACAGUCGCGGUCCAAGUCACCUCGUUCUCCAAAGCGGUCAAGAUCCAGGUCUUUAGACAGGACUUCCAAGUCACCUUCUCCUCAUGCCAGUAGGCAUUCCGGAUCAGGAUCUCCGUCAGCUGACAAAGAGCAGGUCCAAAUUUCACAAUCAAACUCUAGGGAAAACGAAAGUGCUAGUGAAACGCCUGAGAAGGCAACAGGCCAGGAUGUGUGUGAGACCACAGACACCAUUGAAACGCCUGCCACCUGCGAUUCAGAGAAAGACAGCAUAGAUGCCACUGAGAAUGUCAUCCCUAAAGGGUCCUGGAAACCAGUGCCCUUCAUCUCUGCCAGCUCAAAGUCUGUAACAGGAGCAUCAACCAGCACUGAGAAUCCUGCACAGGAACAAACAACUGCCCAGGUGCCUUUGAACGAGCAGAGCUCAAAUGUGAAGCCAAUCUCUGGAGAGGCUUCCUCUCUUCUUCUAGACUCUUGUGUGCCUCAAGGUGAUGUUGCCACUGAAAUGUCUGAGAACCCAGCUGAGAAAGAUGGUCUUACUUCAGCGUCCCCUGCUAUAGAGAAAGUUUCAGUGUCACAGCCGUCUUCAGGGAAAGGUUUGAAAUCUCCAAGUCAUCAGAGGCGUUCAACGUCCAGUUCACCUGAAAGAAAGCGCUCCAGAUCAACCUCAAGGAAACGGAAGUCUAAGUCUAAGUCAAAAUCUCCAGUGAAAAGCAAGAAAUCAAGGUCAUCCUCACGCAGCAGAAAGAAGAAAUCAAGAACUCCUCCGCGAAGGAAGAAGUCCCGGUCUAAAUCCAGAACUCGAACGAAGCGCUCCAAGUCCAGGUCACCCAAGAGGAAAAGGUCAAAGUCUCGUUCUCCAGGACGACGCAGACGUUCCAGAUCUCGCUCAUCAGGCCGGAACAGGAGGUCAAGGUCUCGCUCUGGUUCCCGGAGAAGACGGGGUGGUGGAUUUGGUGCGCAAAGGUUUAGUGGACGUGACCGGUGGAAGCGUGAACCAAGCCACUCACCUGUCCUCAUUCUGCGCAAGAAGCGAUCUUCGUCACAAACACGGCGGAGCACCAGUAAGACACCACCACGUCUUACUGAACUGGAUAAAGACCAGCUGCUAGAGAUCGCCAAGGCUAAUGCUGCUGCUAUGUGUGCUAAAGCUGGUAUGCCCAUACCUGAGAGCCUGCGACCCAAAGCCAUCCAGCUGCCCCUACCAACCCCACACCAAUCACCUCUGUCCUUACCACUGCCCUUACCUAAUAUGCAAGGCAUGGGUAUGCAACAGAUGCAAGGCAUGGGUAUGCAACAGAUGCAAGGCAUGGGUGGUAUGUGUGGUAUGGGUGGCAUGGGAGGUAUGCAAGGCAUGGGUGGUAUGGGUGGUAUGCAAGGCAUGGGUGGCAUGGGUGGUAUGCAAGGCAUGGGUGGCAUGGGUGGUAUGGGUGGUAUGCAAGGCAUGGGUGGUAUGCAAGGCAUGUGUGGUAUGCCAGGUAUGGGUUUACCACCCAUGAAUGCUGCUAUGGCCAGCACAAUUGCAGCUACCAUGACUGCAGCGAUGUCGAGUAUGGGGGUCCUGGCGGCUAUGCAGCCUUUCCCACCCUUGCCCACCAUUACCAACAAGCCCCCACCUGCACCCACUCCGAAUUUCACCAAUAUUGAGGAGGCUAAAAAGAAGGUCACUAAGCAAGUGAACAGCAUCAGCAUCAAGGAGUUCACAGAGAAAUGCAAGAAGAUAUCCGAGAGCAAAGAGGAGAUGGCUGUCGCCAGGCCCCAUGUGUCGGACGAUGAGGAUGAGAUGUUUAAAGGAGGAGCCCUGAAGGAGAACAAGGGCAUCUCCUUCAGCCUCAAUAACGCCACGGUGAAGCCGGCCCUGCCGCGCUCCGAGGCCUCCUUUGCCAAGGAGUUCCCGGUGUCGUCGGGCUCACAGCACCGCAAGAAGGAGAGCGGGUACAGUGACUGGGUGCCCGUGGAGAAGGUCGACAAGUCCGUCUCCGUCGCCGUCUCUGUCGCCGCUGCAGCCUCUGGUGCAGGGUCGUCCGCUAAGGGCUCAGAGGAGCAGGCGAAAGACAGCGACAGCGUCUUUCCAGAAACACCCUCACAGCCGGUGGACAUCACAGUGGCUGUGAGUGAACGGGCUGAGGCUCAGAAGCGUCUGGCUGAAAACCCCUUCGACGUCAGUGCCAUGUGCAUGCUAACCCGAGCGCAGGAACAGGUGGACGCGUGGGCCCAGUCGAACACCAUCCCGGGUCUCUUCACGGGCUCCACGGGAGCGCAGGUGCUCUCCUCAGACGAGCUGUCCAACAGCGGACCGCAGGCUUGGAUCAAGAAGGACCAGUUCCUGCGCGCGGCGCCCGUGUCAGGCGGUGUGGGCGAGCUGCUGAUGCGCAAGAUGGGUUGGCGCUCGGGCGAGGGUCUGGGCAAGCACCGCGAAGGCACUGUGGAGCCCAUCAUCAUCGACUUCAAGAUCGACCGCCGAGGUCUGGUGGCGAUGGGGGAGAAAACCCAGAAGUCUGGAGGUCUGAUCGUGAUGAAGGACCUGAUGGGGAAGCAUCCAGUGUCUGCCCUGAUUGAGCUGUGCAACAAGAAGAAGUGGAUGCCCCCGGAUUUUGUCUUGGUGCAGCACAGCGGCCCUGACCAUCGCAAGAACUUCCUGUUUAAGGUGGUGGUCAAUGGGAGUGAAUACCAGCCCCAGACGGCCAGUCCCAACAAAAAACACGCCAAGGCCAUGGCUGCUACGGUGGCCCUGCAGGCCAUGGGGGAGGUCUCUGGUGACAGUGUCCCUACCGGCCCUGUGUUUACCGCCGCCUCCACAACCUGAACACACACACACACACACAAACACACACCAUAGAAUUUUCACUCAGCAGCUAUACACGUACACAGAGCAUGUACACAGACACCGUGUACAGAGAGCUAUAUAUGGGGCGAAGAAAGAAAACUCUCCCUCUAGCCCACCUUUCCCUACAGAACUCACAAAGACGCUUACGCUCUCUCACCCAGCUGUCAGACUCAUACACACACACACACACACACACACACACACACACAAACACAAACACACACCCUGUGAGGGCAGAGCUCAAGUUUGAUGAUCAUGCUUACUUAGGUCAGAACCUCAGUGGGUCGCAUUUCAAAAACAAAAUAGCAGUUCAUAUUUGCAUUCUGGCCAGCUUGGAUAUUUUUUCACAGAAAUGCGUGUAUGUAUCCCUGUAUACCCCAAGAGAUUUUUUUUUUUUCGUUCCUCCCCACCCCCUUUCCUUUUAGAAGGCCUCAUCCUUGUUUUAACUGAAACAAACUGUAAUUUAGAUGCACAUAGACGUUCUAUGAGGAGGUCCAGACCUUGUGUGGAUAAUGGCAGAAAUCUGUACGUUUUUUAAUUUGAUCUCUGUGACUGAGCUGAAUUAAAGAUGAGAUUUUGUCUGUUGA